CAAUAAGGAAAAGUACUCCUUACUAUCCCAUCUUCCACAUAUUUCUUUCUUUCUUUCUUUCUUUCUCAGCUCUCUCUCUCUCUCUCUCAAUACAUACAAAUCUCAUCAAAAUAACAACAUAAUCCAAAUCCCUAAUCUCAAUUCAAACCUUCUUGAAUUUAUUUCUUAAUCAAUCCAGCAAUGGAUCUAGCUCCAGAAGAACUCCAAUUCCUAAACAUCUCAAACAUCCUAGGAGAAUCAAUCUCAAUCCCCAAAACUUCCCCUAAAACCUUCUACCUAAUCACUCUUACCCUAAUUUUUCCUCUUUCUUUCGCAAUCUUAGCUCAUUCCCUUUUCACACAUCCUCUCAUUGUACACCUUCAAUCUCCUUUCACUGAUCCUUCUCAAACCUCUCAUGAUUGGACUCUUCUUUUAAUCAUUCAAUUCUUCUACCUUAUUUUCCUCUUCGCUUUCUCUCUCCUUUCCACCGCUGCCGUCGUUUUCACCGUCGCUUCUCUUUACACCUCAAAGCCCGUUUCUUUUUCCUCUACCAUUUCAGCUAUACCCAAAGUCUUCAAACGUUUGUUUGUUACUUUCAUAUGGGUCACUCUCCUUAUGAUUAUGUACAAUUUCGUCUUUGUUCUUUCUUUGGUACUUCUUGUUAUAGCUGUUGAUACUGAUAAUUCGUUCUUGCUGUUUUUCUCUAUUGUUGUUAUUUUAUUGUUGUUUUUAGUUGUUCAUGUUUAUAUAACUGCUUUGUGGCAUUUGGCUAGUGUUGUUUCUGUGCUUGAACCUGUUUAUGGUUUUGCUGCUAUGAAGAAAAGUUACGAGUUGUUGAAGGGUAGGGUUAGGUAUGCUGCUGUUUUGGUUUGUGGGUAUUUGCUUAUUUGUGGGGUCAUUGGAGGGAUGUUUAGUGUUGUGGUGGUUUAUGGUGGUGAUAGUUAUGGUGUGUUUUCUAGGAUUGUUAUUGGUGGGUUCUUAGUUGGUGUUCUUGUUAUUGUCAAUUUGGUUGGGUUGUUGGUGCAGAGUGUGUUUUACUAUGUUUGCAAGAGUUAUCAUCAUCAAGGGAUUGAUAAGAGUGCUUUGCAUGAUCAUCUUGGUGGAUACCUUGGAGAGUAUGUGCCUCUUAAGAGCAGCAUUCAAAUGGAAAAUUUGGAUGUAUGAUAUUAUGAUUCAGGGACAAAGAAUUAACCCUCAAUUUACAAGUGGAUUUGAUUUGUAAGUUUAUUUUUCUUUGUUAUGCUGUAAUCAAAUUGUGUAAAACGGUGGGAAUCAAAGACUAAUGAUAUAGAUUGUACGUUGGUUGAAUUUUGUUACUUGUGUAGUUUAGUGUAUCAGUUUGUUCCUUUUUUUAAUAAGCUAUAUGAAGUUAUGAACCAAACCUUGUUUAGCAGUAGUA